AGCAACUGCAACCAGGAAGCAGCUCACUGCACUCACUGCAAGGGCUGAGAGCCUUCAGGCAACAUCCAGUGAAGGACAACUGGAUUCCAUAGAUCCCAGGAAUAGAUGGGGAAAGGCACACAGAAGGAAAAAGUCGAGCCAGAGGAGCUGCUUAAAGUCCAAAGAGAUGCAGAGAAAGGAGCAAAGUCAGAUUAUGCCCACGACACCGUUUUCAAAAAUCUCUCAGCCCAUAAAGCCAGAGCUGGAGUCACAUGCUUGAUCUGUAUCAUGACCAUCCUCAUCCUCAUCCUGACAGUAGCUCUGGCAGUGGUAAUGUCUCGUGUCCCCGAGCCUCUUCUUUCUGAGCCCUGCUGCCCGGACGGCUGGGUCGGGUACCGAGGGAAAUGUUACUAUUUCUCUGAAGCGGAAGGGAACUGGGAAUCCAGCCAGAGCCACUGCUCUUCCCUCGGUGCCUCCCUGGCUGGGAUCGACACUCUGCAGGACCUGGCUUUCCUGAUGCGCGCUAAAGGUACCGUUUACCACUGGAUCGGCCUGCGGAGGGAAGAAAGCCAGCCCUGGAAAUGGGUGAAUGGGACAGAAUUCAACAACGUGUUUGAGGUGAGGGGAGGAGGAUACUGCGCGUAUCUGAAUGACGUGGCCGUCAUCUCCUCGAGGUGCCAGACGGAGAAGAACUGGAUCUGCAGCAAACCCAGCCUGCACCUGAGGAGUGGCAAGAAUGGGAUGGAACAAAAGAGGCCUUAAAACAAUCAGGAGAAGCUGAUAGCCAUAUAUCCCACAAUAAUCAGCAGAGAGGACACUCCCAGCUGCUGACAAGAAAGCAUCAGCAAUUCUGAGUUGAUUCUGGCUGUCCUGGUUAUACAGAGCCCACCUGUUCCACCCUCCCACCCAUCCCAACCUACUUCCUCCCCAGACUACUAAACCCCAGGCAGACAAAAUGUGCACACUGGCCGACGGAGAGAAUCGAAGUGAAGUUCAGAGAAUUCAGAGCCAGCGAUUGCAGCAAAGCCCAAAGCGAUCUCAGGCGACGUUUGGGGGUUUUGCUCGCUGGGAGCUGAGCCCUAGGAUUUAGGGGUGGAGUGACUCUCUGGUGGGAUUUGAUCAGUACAAAGAAUAACCUUCUCUAUGGCUGGAGAGCCCAAACUGCCCCUCUUGGGCAGCACAGGAUCAGUUCCACAGGAGCCUUUUCUUAAGGCAAAGUCCGCUCCGGGGGAUGCAGGUUUGCUCUGCCCGGUACAGCUCAUCCCCUCAGGAACUCCACCACCAGGAGCUCGAAUUGAUCCCUUUGUACGGGGAGAUUUUUGGCAAACCAGUAAAGUGCCUAAACCACUCUGGCUUAUUGCUAAUAGUAGUCUAUUUAGCAGGCCGUAUGAGCCAUUCUUGCUUAUUGCUAAAAGGAGUCAAGUCAACAGUUCGUAAAUUGGUCAUGCAGCGGCCUCAGCAUAACCAAGCCAGGAGGGGAGGGGAUUUUGGGUGCCACAGACGGAGCAGUUUGACCCCAUGCCCUUCCUGCUAAAAGUGUUGAAAUUGCUGAUGCAUGUAGUUUAGAAAAACAAAAAGUCUGUUAAUACAUGUCCCCGGUGUCUUCGCAUUUACAUGAACGGACCCAAAAACCGAGAGAGCAGAAUAACUACCCUGGACUUGGCUACCACAGGGAUAUGUUCGAGUGCGAGAGCGUAACACUUAAAUUCAUUACACCCGAGUCAAGCUAGCCCCUAGGCCGGGGCCAAAAGCAAACAACUCCGGACCUCAAGAAAGCCCUGCCAGCUCUUCCCACCGCGACCCGGAAGAGCCUGAAGCAGACGAUACCUGGAAGGCUGAGCCUCUCAAAAAACUAAAGCUCCUGUUCCAACAAAAUAAGCCCUAAAACGUUUACUAACUAUAAAUUUCUGGGUGGUGGGACAAUAGUUAUUUGCUUUCAGUUUGCCCUUUAUACAUGCCAACCCCCACCCAGCAAUUAAAUCCUUGCAGCAACUAAUCCAAAAAUAGCUUUCCAAAAUAAACAUAUGUUAAAUGCUAUAAAUGCUAAAAUAGGGGGGGAGCAAAAAAAAAAAAAAGCUUAUGCUUGCAUUAAAAAAAAAUAUUGCUUUUAUGUUAAUCACUCUAGCUUAAUUAAAAAAAAUGUACAAGCUAUUAAAAAUACUGCUGUUAUAUUUCAUGCUGUAUCUCUUAAUCACACCUUUAGUUUUAAAAACCUCCUCCCAAACCUCGGGUCUUGGUUCACUGGCCUUUUCCAUACAAUUAUUAAAUAAAUUAUUUUCUGUCUAUUUUUCCUAUAUAUUAAUUAAAUAAUAAUUAAAUAUACAAAAUAUCUAUAUAAUACUGUAACCAAAAGCUCUGCUGUCCGUAAAACAACCCAAUACCUAUUUCUUCAGCUUAAUUGUAAGUUACAUAAAGCUAUUCAGUAGCCCCGCCCCCCCUAAUUAAUAGUUUUGCAAACGGCCAGUAGGUGUAGGCAGAAGCCUCCAAAAGGCCUCACGUACACAGUACCUUAAACUUUAUAACUAAUCUUUCUUUUGCUGCCAGAGGCAGAAAAAGAUCCUGCUUUAAGCCAGUUUUUCCUUACCAAAUAACGGUGUUAUGGGGUUUAGUAACCACCAAUGAAGUGUUAACACGGCAUGGUCUUUGUCUGAAAUUAUAUAAAAAGCUUGUGAAACUUGUGUGCAGUAGAGUUUUCUGUAUCUACUACAGAGCUCUUCUUUCUUCUGCAGAAUAAAGCAUUUUUCCUUAUCCCUGUCAGGCUGUUAUUGGCUCUCAGCUAGGCAGACCCAAUAUUUCGGUAACACCCGGAAUGUUUGUCAGGGCCCAAAGGCAUGGACACUCUGGAAAAAAAAAAAACAACACCUCGGGAAGGUGCUUGACCUUUUAAACCUGCUUGCUUAGCAAGUUUUCUUUAAGGAAUAUGUCACUGUGUUAUUAAUGUAUAAAUAAAGGGGGGAAAGUUUGAGGUAGUUGAACUUCUCAGAAGGGGGUCUUCAGGGAUGCUCCCUCUGGACACAUCUUGGGUCCCCACCAGCAGAUGGAAGCCUGGCCAGCAGAAGCCUAUCACAGUGCCACUCAAAAGCCAUGCUCAGCUUCGGUAAUGAUCAAGGGCUGGGGGUGUUUUACUAACCUGUCAUGGCCCUGUGUAAGUUGCAAGAAUCAAUAAAGAAUUAAAGACGUUUAGCUUUCAGUGUG